UCUCUCUCUGGUCUACUCCCUGCUUUGUGUCGCAGCAGUUUUUUACUUUGACUUUGUCUUGUUGUGACGCAGAUGUUUCCUCCACAUUAAACAUUUGGUGAGGACUCUGCUAUGAGUCAGUGUGAGGACAGAGAGGAGGGAGCCCCUCCCUCUAAAAAGCCCACUCUGUGUGGGGACCAUGACAGCCAGACCAAAGCUCAGAGGAUGCAGCAGCAGAAACCAGGACCUGAACCCAGCUGUGUGUCCAUGAAGAGUGACCGGUCUAUGGAUCGUCUUAUUAGCUUUAAAGAUGGACAAACUGUUGAUGGAAGUCUGCAGCAAAGACCUGAACCUGUACCUGAACCCAGCUGUGUGUCCAUGAAGAGUGACUGGUCUAUGAAUCAUCCUAUUUACUUUAAAGUUGGACAAGCUGCUGAUGAAAGUCUGCAGCAAAGACCUGAACCAGGACCUGAACCCAGCUGUGUGUCCAUGAAGAGUGACUGGUCUAUGGGUCGUCCUAUUACCUUUAAAGAUGGACAAGCUGCUGAUGGAAGGAUGCAGCAGCAGAAACCAGGACCUGAACCCAGCUGUGUGUCCAUGAAGAGUGACUGGUCUAUGGAUCGUCCUAUUGACUUUAAAGAUGGACAAGCUGUUGAUGAAAGUCUGCAGCAAAAACCUGAACCAGGACCUGAACCCAGCUGUGUGUCCAUGAAGAGUGACCGGUCUAUGAAUCGUCCUAUUAACUUUAAAGAUGGACAAGCUGCUGAUGGAAGGAUGCAGCAGCAGAAACCAGGACCUGAACCCAGCUGUGUGUCCAUGAAGAGUGACCGGUCUAUGGGUCGUCUUAUUGACUUUAAAGAUGGACAAGCUGUUGAUGAAAGGAUGCAGCAGCAGAAACCUGAACCUGAACCCAGCUGUGUGUCCAUGAAGAGUGACCGGUCUAUGGAUCGUCUUAUUCAGUUUAAAGAUGGACAAGCUGCUGAUGGAAGGAUGCAGCAACAGAAACCAGGACCUGAACCCAGCUGUGUGUCCAUGAAGAGUGACUGGUCUAUGGGUCGUCUUAUUCAGUUUAAAGAUGGACAAGCUGCUGAUGAAAGAGUUCAGCAGGAGAGCUCAGAGAGCCUCGGUGGUCAGUCUGACCUGCAGCAUCAAACAGACCUGGACUCCAUAUUUAUGCUGUUGGAGGAAAGCAUCGUCACUUUUGUUAAAAACGAGCUGAAGAAGUUUCAGAAGGUUCUGACUCCAGAUUACCCAGAAUACUUAGAGAGUCAGAGGGAAGAUAAGAAGGUUUUGGAUGGUGAGGAUGAAGAGCAGAGGAGGAGCAGCAGAGAGGCAUUUCUGAAGAUCACACUGCACUUCCUGAGGAGAAUGAAGCAGGAGGAGCUGGCUGACUGUCUGCAGAACAGUUGUUUAGAAACUCGUGUUGCAGUGUGCCGUCCUAAAUUCAAAUCCAACCUGGAGAAGAAGUUCCAGUGUGUGUUUGAGGGGAUUGCUAAAGCAGGAAACCCAACCCUUCUGAAUAAGAUGUACACAGCAAUCUAUAUCACAGAUGAAUCGACAGCAGAGGUCAAUGAAGAACAUGAGGUCAGACAGAUUGAAACAGCAUCCAGGAAACCAGACAGACCAGAAACAACAAUCAGACAAGAAGACAUCUUUAAAAUCCCACCUGGAAGAGAUGAACCAAUCAGAACAGUGAUGACUAAGGGAGUGGCUGGCAUCGGGAAAACAGUCUUAACACAGAAGUUCACUCUGGACUGGGCUGAAGGCAAAGCCAACCAGGACAUCCAGUUCAUAUUUCCAUUCACUUUCAGAGAGCUGAAUAUGCUGAAAGAGCAAACGUACAGCUUGGUGGAACUUGUUCAUCACUUCUUCAGUGAAACCAAAGAAGCAGGAAUCUGCAGGUUUGAAGAGUUCCAGGUUGUGUUCAUCUUUGACGGUCUGGAUGAGUGUCGACUUCCUCUGGACUUCCACAACACUGAGAUCCUGACUGAUGUUACAGAGUCCACCUCAGUGGAUGUGCUGCUGACAAACCUCAUCAGGGGGAAACUGCUUCCCUCUGCUCGCCUCUGGAUAACCACACGACCUGCUGCAGCCAAUCAGAUCCCUACUGACUGUGUUGACAUGGUGACAGAGAUCAGAGGGUUCACUGACCCACAGAAGGAGGAGUACUUCAGUAAGAGAUACAGAGACAAGAAGCAGGCCAGCAGAAUCAUCUCCCACAUCAAGACAUCACGAAGCCUCCACAUCAUGUGCCACAUCCCAGUCUUCUGCUGGAUCACUGCUACAGUUCUGGAGAAGGUGUUGAAAUCCACAGCGGGAGGAGAGCUGCCCAAGACCCUGACUGAGAUGUACAUCCACUUCCUGGUGGUUCAGUCCAAACUGACGAACAUCAAAUAUCAUGGAAAAUCUGAGAUAGAUCAACACUGGAUUCCAGAGACCAGGAAGAUGAUCGAGUCACUGGGAAAACUGGCUUUUGAGCAGCUGCAGAAAGGCAACCUGAUCUUCUAUGAAUCAGACCUGACAGAGUGUGGCAUCAAUAUCAGAGAAGCCUCAGUGUACUCAGGAGUGUUCACACAGAUCUUUAAAGAGGAGAGUGGACUGUACCAGGACAAGGUGUUCUGCUUCAUUCAUCUGAGUGUUCAGGAGUUUCUGGCUGCUCUUCAUGUCCAUCUGACAUUCAUCAACUCUGGAGUCAACCUGCUGUCAGGAGAACAAUCAACUUCAACAUGUUUCUACCAGAGUGCUGUGCACAAAGCCUUACAGAGUCCAAAUGGACACCUGGACCUGUUCCUCCGCUUCCUCCUGGGUCUUUCACUGCAGACCAAUCAGAAACACCUACAAGGUCUGAUGACAUACGCAGGAAGUAGCUUACAGACCUAUCCGGAAACAGUUGAGUACAUCAAGACGAAGAUCAGUGAGAAUCUGUCUUCAGAGAGAAGCAUCAAUCUGUUCCACUGUCUGAAUGAACUGAAUGACGGUUCUCUAGAGGAGGAGAUCCAACAGUCUCUGAGUUCAGGAAGUCUUUCCACAGAUGAACUGUCUCCUGCUCAGUGGUCAGCUCUGGUCUUCAUCUUACUGUCAUCAGAAAAAGAUCUGGACGUGUUUGACCUGAAGAAAUAUUCUGCUUCAGAGGAGGCUUUUCUGAGGCUGCUGCCAGUGGUCAAAGCCUCCAACAAAGCUCUACUGAGUGGCUGUAACCUGUCAGAGAGAAGCUGUGAAGCUCUGUCCUCAGUUCUCAGCUCUCAGUCCUCUAGUCUGAGAGAGCUGGACCUGAGUAACAACGACCUACAGGAUUCAGGAGUGAAGCAUCUGUCCUCUGGACUGAAGAGUCCACACUGCAGACUGGAAACUCUCAGGUUGAGUGGCUGUACAUUGUCAGAGAGAAGAUGUGAAGCUCUGCCCUCAGUUCUCAGCUCCCAGUCCUCUAGUCUGAGAGAGAUGGACCUGAGUAACAACGUCCUGCAGGAUUUAGGAGUGGAGCUGGUGUCGGCUGGACUGAAGAGUCCACACUGCAGACUGGAAACUCUCAGACUGAGUGGCUGUGACCUUUCAGAGAGAAGCUGUGAAGCACUGUCUUCAGUUCUCAGCUCCCAGUCAUCUAGUCUGAGAGAGCUGGACCUGAGUAAAAACAUCCUGCAGGAUUUAGGAGUGGAGCUGGUGUCUCCUGGAUUGAAGAGUCCACACUGCAGACUGGAAACUCUCAGUCUCUCAGGCUGUAUGAUCUCAGAGGAAGGCUGUACUUCUCUGGCCUCAGCUCUGAGCUCCAACCCCUUCCACCUGAGAGAGCUGGACCUGAGCUACAAUCAUCCAGGAGACACAGGAGUGAAGCUGCUUUCUACUCUACUGGAGGAUCCAAACUGGAGACUGAACACUCUCAGGGUGGACCAUGGUGGACCGCAGAAACUGAGACCUGGUCUGAGGAAGUAUGUCUGUGAACUGGAACUCGACACAAACACAGUACACAGAAAACUCAAACUGUCUGACAACAACAGGAAGGUGACAUGCGUGGAGGAGGAUCAGCCAUACCCUGAUCAUCCAGACAGAUUUGACUUCUGGCGUCAGCUGCUGUGUAGAAAUGGUCUGACUGGUCGCUGUUACUGGGAGGUCGAGAAGAGAGGAAAGGUUCAUAUAUCAGUGAGUUACAGAGAAAUCAGAAGGAGAGGAAACGGUAAAGACUGUGUGUUUGGAAAGAAUGAUCAUUCCUGGAGUCUGUUCUGCUCUGAUGAACAUGGUUACUUUGUCAGUCACAAUAAGAAACACACACGCAUCUCCUCCUCCUCUGUCUCUAACAGAGUAGCAGUGUAUGUGGACGUUCCUGCUGGCUCUCUGUCCUUCUACACAGUCUCCUCUGACUCACUGAUCCACCUCCACACCUUCAACACCACAUUCACUCAACCUCUUUAUCCUGGGUUUGGGCUCUGGCCUGGUUCCUCAGUGUCUCUGUGUCCUCUGCAGGACUGAGAGUCUCUCCUGUGGACAGAAACACUGACUGAAGAUCAGCUGCUGAAAUCAAAGUUCAGUCUGUUCACCAUCACACACACUCUGCACUGUGAAGCAGAUCUGAGACUCAAACACAAAAACAUUCAUCUGAUUUCAUCUCUGGGAUUAUCAACAUUUGAACUGUUGGACUAAAAACACUUCAUGAUAUGUAACAUCUAAAAAAUAAUCAACUGUUAUUGGUUACUAUUAUGUCCUUUAUAUUUGAAUCAUAUUGUAAUAUAUUUAAAAUUUGGAAACAAAUGUUUCUAUAAACAAUCAUCAUAUAGUCUAAUGUUUCUAAAUGCUUUUAAUAAAAUCUAUACGUUUCAUCUUGA